AAGGAAGAUGAGUUCCCCCUCUUCCUCCUCCUUCCAUCUUAAAAUCAAAAUUCAAAAGAAAUGACAAACAGAAAGCAUUCAAAAUUUGUAUGCAAAAAGAUGAGAUUUUUUGCCAUUAUUCUCCUUCUGCAGCUGCAAAUUCUGCAACUUUACUUUUCCCCUGCCUUCUCUGCAUCCCUGACUGAAUCACAGGCCCUUCUCUCCUUCAAAAACUCCAUCUCCGAUGACCCUCGAUCUUCUCUAUCCUCCUGGAACGCCGACGUCGCCCCCUGUACCUGGGCUCGCGUCACAUGCGACGUCCGUGGCCAUGUCCUCGCCCUCCACCUCUCUUCUCUCGACCUUUCCGGCACCCUUUCUCCUCAUCUUGCCUCUCUUCCAUUUCUCACUAAUGUUUCCUUCCAACUCAACAAAUUCUCCGGCGGAAUCCCCCCGGAGUUUGCCUCCAUGUCUUCUCUCCGCCAUCUUAAUCUCUCUAGCAACCUCCUCAACGGCUCGAUUCCUCGCGAGUUUUCGCAGCUGAAGAAUCUACAAGUUCUCGAUGUUUAUAACAACAACAUGACCGGCGUUUUCCCCAGAGUGGUCACUGAAAUCCCCAAUCUUCGCCAUUUACACCUUGGGGGAAAUUUCUUCUCCGGUCGAAUCCCUCCGGAGAUUGGACGCUUGCAGUUCUUGGAGUUUCUGGCGAUUCAUGGCAACGACCUUGAAGGUCCGAUUCCGGCGACGAUCGGAAACUUGACGAACCUUCGACAACUCUUCAUUGGUUACUACAACACCUUCGUCGGUGGAAUACCAGCGGCGAUAGGAAACUUAUCGGAGUUAGUUCUGUUAGAUGCCGCGAGCUGUGGUUUGUCCGGAAAGUUCCCGCCGGAGCUCGGAAAGUUGCAGAAGCUCACUAAACUAUUCCUUCAAGAAAAUGCUCUGUCUGGAUCAUUAACAGACCUAGGAGGAUUGAAGAACAUACAAUCAUUGGAUAUAUCAUGCAAUAUGCUUGUUGGUGAAAUACCCAUCUCUUUUGCAGAGUUCAAGAACUUGACACUAUUGCACCUUUUCGACAAUAAGCUCUCCGGUGAGAUUCCGGGAUUCAUGGGUGACCUCCCAAACUUAGAGAUAUUGCAAUUAUGGAACAAUAAUUUCACAGGUUCGAUUCCUCGGAAUUUGGGGAAGAACAGAAUGCUUCUGAUUCUCGAUCUUGCUUUCAACCAGUUGACAGGCACAAUUCCUUCUGAAAUUUGCCAUGGGAAUCAUCUUGAAGUUUUGAUCCUUAUGGGCAAUUCCUUACAUGGUUCCAUCCCAGAAUCGUUAGGAAAUUGUCCAUCACUUAGGCGUAUACUUCUGUGGGGCAACGCUCUCAAUGGAUCAAUUCCAAAGGGGCUAUUGGGUUUGCCAAAUCUCACUCAAAUUGAUUUGCACGACAAUUUUCUCUCUGGAGAACUUCCCCUUACCGAUUCAGUCUCUGUUAACCUUCUUCAGAUUAGUUUAUCCAACAAUAUGAUAUCUGGAUCUUUGCCGCCCACCAUCGGCAACCUUCUGGCUGUCCAGAAGCUUCUUCUUGAUCGGAAUAAGUUUUCCGGUGAGAUUCCUUCGACGAUUGGGAGAUUACAGCAACUAUCUCGGAUAAAUUUCAGCCAGAAUAAAUUCUCCGGUAGAAUUGUGCCGGAGAUAAGUGAGUGCAAGCACUUGAUCUUCCUUGAUCUUAGUGGAAAUGAGCUUUCAGGUGAAAUUCCUAAUAAUAUUACCAACAUGAAAUUAUUGACAUACAUGAAUCUUUCAAGAAACCAUUUGGUUGGGUCAAUUCCUGCUUCCAUAGUUCAUAUGCAGAGCUUAACUUCCGUGGAUUUUUCAUAUAACAAUCUCUCUGGUUUGGUUUUGGGAACUGGGCAAUUUGGUUACUUCAAUUACACAUCAUUUCUUGGCAACCCUUAUCUCUGUGGAGCCUAUUUAGGGCCUUGCAAUCAUCAAGAACAUAUGAAGCUCUCCCUCUCAACUCCUCUCAGGCUCCUCCUAGUUUUUGGAUCUUUUUUCUGUUUAUUUGCCUUGACUGUUGCUUUGAUCUUCAAAGUUCGGUCAUUGAGGAGAGCAAGGGAGUUUCAAGGAUGGAGAUUAACAGCCUUCCAACGCUUGGGUUUCUCGGUUGAUGAGGUCUUGAAUUGCCUUAAGAAGGAAAAUGCUAUUGCAAAAGGAGGUUAUGGCACAGUAUAUGAAGGAGUGAUGCCUAGUGGUGAUCAGGUCACUGUGAAGAGACUUCCAAAGAUGAGCGAUGGGUGUUCUAAUGACGACGGGUUCGAUACCGAGAUACAAGCUCUUGGGAGGAUUCGACACCGUCACGUUGUUAGAUUAUUGGGUUUUUGUUCAAACCAUGACACUGGUCUUUUGGUAUAUGAGUACAUGCCUAAUGGGAACCUCUAUGAGGUUCUUCAUGGCAAGAAAGGAGGCCACUUGCUUUGGGAUACAAGGUACAAGAUAGCCAUUGGAAUUGCGAAUGGACUCUGCUACCUUCACCACCAUUGCUCACCGCCGAUCGUUCAUCGAGAUGUGAAAUCGAACAACAUUAUGCUGGACACCAAUUUUGAUCCUCAGCUUGCCAAUUCUGGGCUCGCGAAGUUCUUACAAGAUUCGGGCGCAUUGGAUCGAUCAGCUCUUGCACCAGAACAUGUCGACGAGAAGUGGGAUGUAUAUAGCUUUGGCGUCGUCCUCUUCGAACUUGUUAGCGAUAGGAAUCCAGUUGGUGAAUUAAGUGACGGUGUGGACAUAGUCGAAUGGGUUAGAAAAAUGACGAACUCAGAAGAGGAAGGAAUACAUAAAAUGGUUGAUCAAAGACUCUCUUGUGUCCCCCUCGACGAGGUGAUGCACGUUCUCAAUGUCGCCAUGCUCUGCACUGAAGAAGAAGCAGCAAAGCGCCCCACGAUGCAGGAAGUCGUGCGAAUCUUAUCGGAGCAUCAGCAACAAUGAUUCUUAAACGAGGUAGAGAUAGCUGAAUCACGAUCAUAGUGUUCAGUUGAACACGAGAAGUUACUGUUUUAGAGUUUCCUGUGCUAGAACAAAAAGCAAGCAUUAUGCAUUCAGAGGCAGCCUUGUCUCUUGAAGCAUGUGUCUGCCGGUGUGUGUCUGCUUUUUGGGGUUUUUGUUGGGAUGGGACGGGCUAUGGCAUCCUCCUACUGUGCGAUGUACUGCUAGUGGUACCAUCUCCCACUACAUAAACACACUGCUUUUUCAGUAUUGUUCACCUUCUGUACUUGUACUAAAAAACACUCAUGAAUUUGAAUGAAUUUGAGUUUUCUUAU